CUUUUGAAUAAGUCACUUUGUCACCAUGGAGCCCAGCAGUCCAAAGAAGAUCCAGUUUGCGGUGCCGCCGCUGCAAGGCCAGUUGGAUCCUCAAGCCUCGGAGCAAAUCCGUCGAAGAAGACCGACUCCUGCCACUCUGCAAAUCUACAGACAGCCUGAAGCUGGAGAUCAGUACGACGCCAGCGGAGGUGCUCAGACUUCAGAUGGCGCUGAGAGGAAGCACAGCACUUCGGCCCCGCCCACCACAAAAGCCCUUCAGUCGGGGGUGGAGCCAAACCCCUGUCAGUUUCGGCCAAUGACAGGCCAGCUCCUAUGGACCAAUCAGAAUGAGCCACAGGAAGACAACGGCAACGAGGCGGGUCUUCUUCUGUCCAAUCAGGAGAGAGCAGUGGAAGCCAGCAGCAGCUCAGGUGUGUCACCCGACUCCCAGAUCCAGGCUUCCAGUCCUGACUCAGUUUCUCGAUAAGCGCAACACUUCAGUCUUCAAGCUUCUCCUCUUCACUAAUUGCUCGACUCUUCUCUCACUAAUGUGGU